AUGCCUGGAAUUUAUACACUCGUUACACUCUCAACCCUACUGACCUCUAUCAAUGUCCUCGCUGCACCUGCAGUCCCGGCUACUGAUGCGCCAGCUCCAACUCCGCCUCCAAAGCUAGAAGAAAGGGCGACAACCUGUACCUUCUCUGGGUCCGAUGGUGCCUCGUCUGCAAGCAAAUCCAAGACAUCCUGUUCAACAAUUGUCCUGUCAGAUGUUGCUGUGCCGUCUGGCACGACUCUCGACCUGACAAACCUGAAUGAUGGUACUCAUGUAAUCUUCGAAGGUGAAACCACUUUCGGAUACGAAGAAUGGUCCGGUCCCCUGGUAUCAGUGUCCGGGACCGAUAUCACUGUCACUGCCGCUAGUGGAGCCACUCUGAACGGUGAUGGGAGUCGCUGGUGGGAUGGCGAGGGCUCCAACGGAGGCAAGACCAAGCCCAAGUUCUUCUAUGCGCACAAUUUGAAGUUGUCUUCGAUCAGUGGCCUUUAUAUCCAAAACUCACCGGUUCAGGUCUUCAGCAUUUCUGGCUCUGAGGAUCUGACGCUGUCUGAUAUUACCAUUGAUGACUCGGCUGGAGAUAAUGCAGGUGCCGCUAAUACUGACGGCUUCGAUGUUGGCGAGAGUUCGGGGAUUGUUAUUACUGGUGCUACUGUGUACAAUCAGGAUGACUGCCUCGCGGUCAACUCAGGAACGAACAUUACUUUCUCAGGCGGACUCUGCUCUGGUGGCCACGGUCUGUCCAUUGGAUCUGUCGGUGGACGAAGCGACAAUACGGUGUCCGAUGUUACCAUUGAAAGCUCCCAAGUAAAGAACUCCCAGAAUGGCGUGCGUAUCAAGACAGUUUACGAUGCCACUGGCUCCGUAUCUGGUGUCACAUAUAAAGAUAUUACGCUGUCUGGAAUCACCGAUUACGGCAUCGUCGUCAGACAGGAUUAUGAGAACGGCAGUCCUACGGGGACUCCUACGAACGGUGUCCCCAUUUCCGAUUUUACUCUGGAUAAUGUCCAGGGAACGGUAGACAGUGAUGCCACUGACAUUUUCAUCCUCUGCGGUGCCGGAAGCUGCUCGGACUGGACCUGGACUGAUGUCAAUGUCACGGGAGGAAAAGUCAGUGAUGACUGCGAAAAUGUUCCCAGUGGUAUCAGUUGCAGCGCAUGA